CUUUCCGAACCACACAGCAGCUCCGGGUCUCCCUCACUCACUCACUCACACUCACUCACUCCCGCAACUCUUCUGAACUUACUUACUCACUCUCACUGUCUUGAUCUCGCUCGCUGACUAACCCCAAACGACUCUUGCAAUCCCGGAGGUGUUUACGACUUAGCGCUUCGUUCUUUUUCUGCUGUCUCCCUCUUUCUGUCUCUCUCCCUCACUCUCUCCUUCUCCGAUCAGUCAGGAUGAAGCUAGCGCGGAUCUUAGUGACCAUUGGUGUUCUGGGCCUCUGUUUGGCCGAGCCCCAGACCUACCUUCCCCCUGUUAACGGAUUCAACGGCGGGAACGGUAACGGAGGAACUGCCAUCCGGGGGACCAACGGCAACGGCAAUGGAAAUGGCAACGGAAAUGGCGUUCCUCUGAAUGGAAAUGGAAACGGCCUCAACGGCAAUGGCAACGGGAACGGUGUUGUUAACGGCAACGGCAAUGGCCUGAAUGGAAAUGGAGUGAAUGGAAAUGGCUACAACGGCAACGGAAAUGGUAAUGGCAACGGCAAUGGCCUUCCCGUUAACGGAAAUGGUCUUAAUGGCAACGGCAAUGGCCUUCCCGUUAACGGAAAUGGUCUUAAUGGCAACGGCAAUGGCCUUCCCGUUAACGGAAAUGGUAAUGGCAACGGCAAUGGCCUUCCCGUUAACGGAAAUGGUCUUAAUGGCAACGGCAAUGCCAUUAACGGAAACGGAAAUGGUAAUGGAAACGGCAACGGCUACUCCUACGGGCCAAAUGGCAACGGGAAUGGCAACGGGAACGGCCUGAACGGUAACGGAAACGGAAACGGCGGCAACGGCAACGGAUAUUCCUACGGGCCAAACGGCAACGGUAAUGGAAACGGUCUGAACGGCGGCAAUGGCAACGGAGCUAACGGAAACGGCUACACCAACGGUGCUAACGGAAAUGGUCUGAACGGAAACGGCGCCAACGGUAACGGACUUAACGGCGCUAACGGCUACACCAACGGCGCCAACGGUAACGGUAAUGGCGCCAACGGCAACGGUCUCAACGGCAACGGCGCUAAUGGAUACACCAACGGCUACACGAACGGCGCCAACGGAAACGGUCUCAACGGCAACGGCGCAAACGGUAACGGUCUCAACGGCAAUGGCGCAAACGGUAACGGUCUCAACGGCAAUGGCGCCAACGGCAAUGGUCUGAACGGCAACGGAGCUAAUGGAAACGGCGCUAACGGCUACACCAACGGCUACACGAACGGCGCCAACGGAAACGGUAAUGGCGCCAACGGUAACGGCCUUAACGGCAACGGCGCCAACGGAUACACCAACGGAAACGGUAAUGGCGUCAACGGCAACGGCGCUAACGGUAACGGCGCAAACGGAUUCACCAACGGCUUCACGAACGGCGCCAACGGAAACGGUCUCAACGGCAAUGGCAUCGCUAACGGAAAUGGCGCCGCUACCAACGGCUUCGCCACCGGGGAACGCGCUGUCGUCAACGGAAACGGUCUUCCUGAGGGUGUCAUCAACGGUGAGCUGGACCCCUUGGAAGCCCUGAGCGAGGCCAUCGGCGGCGGCGGCGUGGCAGGGGAAGACUACCCCGUGCUGAGUGAGGUCCCCGACACCGGCUUCUCCUGCGACGGUCUGCUGCCAGGCUACUACGCCGACACCGCCCCCGAAGCUGGUUGCCAGGUGUUCCACAUUUGCCAAGAGGACGGGCGUCAGGACUCGUUCCUGUGUCCCAACGGCACCAUCUUCAACCAGCAGUACUUCGUGUGUGACUGGUGGUACAACUUCGACUGUUCCACCGCCGAGGACUACUAUGACCUCAACGCUAACUUCGGCGUCAUCAACGGCGAUGAAACUGAUAUCGUUAACGGCAAUGGCCUCGUCAACGGCAACGGCAAUGGCCUCGUCAACGGCAACGGCAAUGGCCUCGUCAACGGCAACGGCAAUGGCCUCGUCAACGGCAACGGCAAUGGCCUCGUCAACGGCAACGGCAAUGGCCUCGUCAACGGCAACGGCAAUGGCCUCGUCAACGGCAACGGCGCCAACGGUAAUGGCAUCGUUAACGGCAACGGUAAUGGUCUCGUCAACGGCAACGGCGCCAACGGUAAUGGCAUCGUUAACGGCAACGGCUUCGUGCGUACCAAUGGCAACGGUUACACUAAUGGCGUCAACGGUAAUGGCAACGGUUACACUAACGGCGUCAACGGUAAUGGCAACGGCGUCAACGGUAAUGGUAACGGUGUCAAUGGUAACGGCAAUGGUGUCAACGGUAAUGGCAACGGUUACACUAACGGCGUCAACGGUAACGGUAACGGUGUCAAUGGUAAUGGUGUCAACGGUAAUGGCAACGGUUACACUAACGGCGUCAACGGUAAUGGCAACGGUUACACUAACGGCGUCAACGGUAAUGGCAACGGCGUCAACGGUAAUGGCAACGGUUACACUAACGGCGUCAACGGUAAUGGCAACGGCGUCAACGGUAACGGUGUCAACGGCAAUGGCAACGGCGUCAACGGUAACGGCGUCAACGGUAAUGGCAACGGCGUCAACGGUAACGGCGUCAACGGUAAUGGCAACGGCGUCAACGGUAAUGGCAACGGUUAUACCAACGGCGUCAACGGUAAUGGCAACGGCGUCAACGGUAACGGCGUCAACGGUAAUGGCAACGGCGUCAACGGUAAUGGCAACGGCGUCAACGGUAAUGGCAACGGCGUCAACGGUAAUGGCAACGGUUAUACCAACGGCGUCAACGGUAAUGGCAACGGCGUCAACGGCAACGGUGUUAUUCGUACCAACGGCAACGGCAAUGGGGCCAACGGUAAUGGUGCCAAUGGAGGAAACGGUGUUGUUAACGGAGCCAACGGGAAUGGAUACUCAUACCCCAACGGUAAUGGCAACGGAAACGGCAAUGGUAACGGCAGCAGAAUCAGUGGUCUGUAUCAGACUCCCAUUGUUUAAUUAAUGCUCUCUCUCUCUCUCUCUCUCUCUCUCUCUCUCUCUCUCUCUCUCUCUCUCUCUCUCUCUCUCUCUCUCUCUCUCUCUUUAUCUAUCUAUCUAUCUAUCUAUCUCUCCGCCCG